CAUGGAGAAGGGGACCAACUGCUUUCCGACCUACCACACCAUUUUUCUCGCCUGGACAUGGUUCUUACUUCUCUCUUGGUGUUGCACCGGCGCCGAAAUAACUUGCAGAUCCUGCUCAUCUCCAUCGCCCUCCUGGCCGUCCUCCUCGUCUCGCCUUAGGCAGGAGCAGCGACAGCCGCCGCCGCCGCCGCCGCGAGGAUUACGGAGCUGGCCGGGCGGCCGAGCGCGGGGCUCGGUCGGGGCGGCGGCCGCCGCGGAGCCCGUGCCGGGCGCGGAGCCGGGGAGCCGAGCGGGGCCGCGGGGAGCGGCGCUCCGCGCGGCGGGGGCGGGAGGCGGCGCGCCCGGGGGCCGGGGCCCGGCGGCGCCGCGGACCCGCCGGAGCGCCGAGGGGCGCCGGGCGCUGCCGGCCGGCGGCGUCCGGGGGGUGCCCGCGGCCGAGGGGCAGCGCGGCGGCCGCGCUCAGCCCCGCGGGCCCCCCGAGGAUGGGAGAGCGGCGCGGCUGCGAGGGGCCGAGGAGCCGAGGCUGAGCAGCACCACCUUCGCGCUCACCGGGGAUGCGGCGCACAACCAAGCCAUGGUGCACUGGUCCGGCCACAACAGCAGCGUGAUUCUCAUUCUGACAAAGCUCUACGACUUCAACUUGGGGAGUGUUACGGAGAGCUCACUGUGGAGAUCAACAGACUAUGGCACUACCUAUGAAAAGCUAAAUGACAAAGUGGGCCUGAAGACUGUGCUAAGCUACCUGUAUGUCAGUCCCACCAACAAGAAGAAGAUCAUGCUUCUUAGUGAUCCAGAGAUUGAGAGCAGCAUCCUCAUCAGCUCUGAUGAAGGGGCUACCUACCAGAAGUACCGUUUGAACUUCUAUAUCCAGAGCUUGCUCUUCCACCCCAAGCAGGAGGAGUGGAUCUUGGCCUACAGUCUGGAUCAAAAGCUGUACAGCUCCAUGGACUUUGGAAGGAAAUGGCAGCUCAUGCACGAGCGGGUCACUCCAAACAGGUUUUACUGGUCAGUGGCUGGUUUGGAUAAAGAACCUGACCUUGUGCACAUGGAAGCCCGGACAGCUGAUGGACACACCCACUAUUUGACCUGUCGGAUCCAGGAGUGCUCCGAGACCAAAAGGAGUGGGCCCUUCUCACGCUCCAUUGAUGUCAGCUCCCUUGUUGUGCAGGAUGAAUACAUCUUCAUCCAGGUGACAACUGGUGGAAGAGCAACUUACUAUGUGUCGUACAGACGGGAGCCUUUUGCACAGAUUAAAUUACCCAAGUACUCCCUUCCUAAGGACAUGCAUAUUAUCAGCACAGAUGAGAAUCAGGUCUUUGCAGCUGUUCAAGAGUGGAACCAGAAUGAUACAUAUAACCUGUACAUCUCAGACACCCGAGGGGUCUACUUCACCCUGGCCUUGGAAAAUGUGAAAAGCAGCCGGGGACUGGAGGGGAAUAUCGUCAUUGACCUUUAUGAGGUAGCAGGGAUCAAAGGCAUAUUCCUGGCUAACAGGAAGAUAGAUGACCAAAUCAAGACUUUCAUUACCUACAACAAGGGCAGAGACUGGCGUUUGCUACAGGCACCAGACACCGAUCUAAGAGGGGAUCCUGUACUUUGCCAGCUGCCAUUUUGCUCAUUGCACUUGCGCCUGCAGCUCUCAGAAAAUCCAUAUACUUCAGGGAGUAUUUCCAGCAAAGAGACAGCUCCUGGGCUGCUGGUGGCAACAGGCAAUAUUGGCUCUGAACUUUCCUACACGGAUGUUGGUGUGUUCAUCUCUUCUGAUGGUGGCAAUUCCUGGAGACAGGUCUUCGAUGAGGAAUACAACGUUUGGUUUCUGGACUGGGGAGGGGCACUAGUGGCCAUGAAACACACGUCAGUGCCCAUCUGGCACAUGUGGGUGAGUUUUGAUGAGGGAAGAUCCUGGACUAAAUACAGUUUCACAUCAACACCACUUUUUGUGGAUGGAUCCCUUGUAGACCCUGGCAUAGAGACCCAGAUAAUGACAGUUUUUGGGCACUUCAGUCUCCGUUCUGAGUGGCAGCUGGUCAAGGUGGAUUACAAGUCUCUCUUCAGCCGCAGGUGUACCAAGGAUGACUACCAAACCUGGCAUCUGCACAAUCAGGGGGAGCCUUGUGUCAUGGGAGAGAGGAAGAUCUAUAAAAAACGCAAGCCUGGAGCCCAGUGUUCCCUAGGUCGGGACUAUUCCCAAACCGUGGUGUCUGAACCGUGUGUCUGUGGCCAAGGAGACUUUGAGUGUGACUAUGGAUAUGAGAGGCACAGCAACAACCAGUGUAUCCCAGCCUUCUGGUUCAGCCCGUCCUCCCUGUCCAAGGAUUGCAACAUUGGUCAGAACUACUGGAACAGCACUGGGUACCGAAGGAUUGUGUCUAACAACUGCACAGAUGGCUUGCGAGAGAAGUACAUGGCCAAGAUGGAGAAAUGCCCUGGGAAAGCACCGCGGGGAUUGCACAUCCUCACCGCUGAUGGGAAGCUGGUCAUGGAGCAGGGACGCAAUGCCACCUUCGUCAUCCUUAUGGAAGAGGGUGACCCCCAAAGGACAAACAUCCAGCUUGAUUUUGGAGAUGGCAUUGCAGUAUCCUAUGCCAAUUUCAGCCCCGUGGAGGAUGGUGUCCGACACGUGUAUAAGAGUGCUGGAAUCUUCCAGGUGAUGGCGUAUGCAGAGAACAGCCUGGGCUCAGACACUGCUGUCCUGUUCCUGCAUGUGGUCUGUCCAGUUGAGCACGUCCAUCUGAGUGUCCCCUUUGUUGCCAUCAGAAAUAAGGAUGUCAACAUUACUGCAGUGGUUUGGCCCAGCCAGGCAGGCACACUUACCUACUUCUGGUGGUUUGGCAACAGCACCAAGCCCCUCAUCACCUUGGAGAGCAGCAUCUCAUACAUGUUCACUGUGGAGGGGAUGAACACUGUCACUGUGCAAGUCGCUGGGGGCAACACCCUCAUCCAGGACACCAAGGAGAUUGCAGUGCACGAGUAUUUCCAAUCUCAGCUCCUGUCAUUUUCUCCCAACUUGGACUACCACAACCCUGACAUCCCUGAAUGGAGACAAGACGUUGGCAAAGUCAUCAAGAGAGCACUAGCAGAGGUGACUGGUAUCCCUGAUGAACAGAUCCUGGUAGCUGUGUUCCCUGGGCUGCCUACAUCUGCUGAACUCUUCAUACUGCCCCACAAAAACACAACAGAGAGGAGGAAAAGCAGUGAGGCUGAUCUGGAGCAAGUGGUAGAAAUCCUUUUUAAUGCUCUCAACCAGAACCUGGUCCAGUUUGAGCUGAAGCCUGGUGUUGAAGUGGUUGUGUAUGUUACUCAGCUAACAUUAGCACCCCUUGUGGAUUCCAGCUCGGGUCACAGCAGUUCAGCAAUGCUGAUGUUGUUGUCUGUGGUGUUUGUGGGCUUGGCUGUUUUUUUAAUCUACAAAUUCAAGAGGAAAAUCCCUUGGAUUAACAUCUAUGCCCAAGUUCAGCAUGACAAGGAGCAGGAAAUGAUUGGCUCUGUCAGCCAAAGUGAAAAUGCCCCCAAAAUCACUCUGAGUGAGUUCACAGACCCCGAGGAGCUGAUGGACAAAGAGCUGGACACACGAGUGAUGGGAAGCAUCUCAACAAUUGCCAACAGUGAAAGCACAAAGGAAAUCCCCAACUGCACUAGUGUUUAAUACUGAGAAUCCACUUGGUCUACAGCAUUUCUGACUUUUUAUUUGUAAUUAUUAUUGUUAUAAUUAUUAUUAUUAUUAUUAUGAAAAAAGAAAGUUAUAUGUCAUUAUUAUCAUUUGGGAGGGGAUGGGGUGGGCUUUUUGUGUUUACCAGGGCUGCAUUCAUAAAUAGCAGGGGUACUUCAUAUUUAGGAAAUGAACAUCAGAUUAGAAAUAAAAAGCAAUGAAUGAGUCAAGUGUGCAAUGAAUUUGAAUGCCAGCCUCCUGUUAAAUGCAGGAAUUAAGUAUUCAAAUCCAACAAAUAGGUAUUGCACCUUAGGCAACAUGUUGUAAGUAAAUUGUCCCUUUUCAGGCCUUUUCAAAAUAAAUCAUGAAUCAGCUGCUUCAUCUUGCCAGAGGGUUCAGACUGGGUUGUUGGACCAGGCUCUGCAACAUGCCAACAUCCCUCGCUUUCCAGUGACAUGCAUGUCUCAGCUUUUUGCAGGAUCUUGCCUCUUUUAAUUGCUUUUAAUUUCAGUCACCCUCUGGCACUGUUGACUGCUGAGAAAGGAAAAAAAAAUAAAAUCAGAGCAAACACACACGUCAGUGUUCCUUGGACUACAGAUUGGCUGGAGGGGACAGCACCACAAGCAGUGGAGGAACAAGCCUGAGUUUAUGAAUGCAGCCCGAACCCUGUGCAUGUGAAUAGCGAGGAUGCCGAAGGCCUACUGUAGAUAAUUACAAUGUACAUAGCUUUUUAUUUCUUGGGAAAUAAUUUAAUGUUUAGUAAAAGAAGAGAUGUUUAAAAGAAAACCUGAACCACACACACACAUGCACGCCCACGUGCACACACACACACACACGCACACGCCAGCCAAACAGGGACCCUGGUGAGCACUUGAAUCACACUUUGGUUCCAAGCGUGUUCCAGUUGUCUGUCAUAUUUCAAUCUGACACUGCUGUCUAUAAACAGAAUAGUUUAUUUCUUUAUGUAUAACUGAAAGCCUUUUUUUUCAUAUAUGUAUAUAUAUAUAGUGUCAUUUCCUGUGGUGGAGCAGAAAAAGAUAUUAGCAGGCCAGACUAUGAGCCUGUCAUGAAUAUUUUAAUUACGUUUAUCAUCUAUUCAUCUCUGUCACUGUUGCCCACUUCUGAGAAUGAUCUUGGUGGCAUCUAUUAGUGAAAAUGAGGAAAAGAAUCCUGAAAUUAUCACCACCUCAGUGUAGGCAAGUAUCAGUGGCCUUGCUAUACCCAGUACAACCUCAGCUCAGCAGUGGGGCAGGUUGCAGUGGCUUUAUUCCCUGGGGGAAGGCAUGCUUUUAGCAGUUAAGCUGAUGAAGUAAAGUGCUGUUUAGGAUGUGUAAGAGUAGUAAAUUUUGGCUGAACAUGAUGUAUGUGAUUAGGGACUGCUCUUUGGAGGGGCAGUGGAGGGUCAGACCUGCAUAAAUGAGCUAUGGAAGGUCUUUCUUGUGAGUGCUGCAGAAUGGCAGCUUCCAAUUCAGAAUGGAGAUUUCUGCAUGCUGGGUUGGUGUUUUCUGGUUAGAACAGGGAGGUUAAUGAGGAAAAUGCAUUGAAAAAACUCUUCAGAAAUUUUCUUUGACACUGAAUUGAGGAUAUCCCUAUGAAGUGCUGGAGUUUUGGGGCAAGAGGUUGAUUUAGUGGUGAGUUACUUUUAUUUGUUUUUCUUGAGUUGAUGAUGUCAAAAAUGAACCUUAUUCUGCAGAGUAUUGACUUGUAGGACCCAGCAGGAGGGGAAGGAAGAUUGGAGGCAUGUCUAGGAAGAUGUCCUAGUGCUUGUCUGGUAACAGGAGGCAGAAAUGACAGCAGAUGACAACGUUUGUUAUAAUUUCUUAGGAUCUGGAUACAGGACCUCAAUCACCUUUAAUAUACCUGGGUUGGAAUGAGGAGAUGGCUGGUAUUUAGGUGUUACUUGCUAUCUCUCUGCAUUGCAACAGGCCAGUGGGCUACAAACCAGCCUCAGCUACAUGUGUUCACUCUGUUAAUGGGUUGGAAUGUCUUUCAAAGGUUAAAAUCCUGAUAGCUCUGCAGGUGGAGAGAAAAGUGGUUAAACAUAGUUUUGCAGAACUCAGGAGGUAUUUCAAGAUUAAAACUGUAAACUCAAAAAAUAGGGAAAAACUGUUUCCUGAUAAGUACUAAAACUAAAUAUUCUCAGUUCUUCUCCAUUUCAGUGAGGUUUGUGGGCCUUUUCUGUUGGUUUAAAAAUACUUCUCUUCUGUUUUCCCCCUCACUUUCCUGCUCUGGUUUCUAAUGCAAGGUGAAGAGCGAUGGCUGUAUUAUUCUAUUUAACCUUGGUUUCCAUCCGUCAUGAGUGCAUAAACGGUUGCAUUACUGUCUCUGUUCUACUGAAACACCAAAGUAGUUUACAGUAAUGGCCCAGUCUGGUGAUAAGACUCUUAGCACAAGGCCAUAGCUCCCCAUUUAGGUAUAGAUGGGAGGCGUGUACGUACACAAUGGUCCCAUGGGCUAAAAUGUGGGCUGAUCUCAGUCUUUGCUGAUCAUUAGGAUUUGAGGUACUGCUUUGGUGAGCUGCUGCAGAGCACUGAAUCUAAAAUACUCAUUAUUUUCUGUUUUAACUUUUUUCUUUAUAAACCACGAGGCAAAGUGAAAAUGUACAUUGUUGUUUGGAAUUUUAUAGGUUUCUCAUCGGCUUGAUCUCACAUUAUUUUUCCUAGAAAGGCAGAGGUUUACAGUUUUCACAAUUUCUUUUCUUAAUUUCUUUUCACAUUUUUUUUACAUUUUAUUCCUGUACACUUUUAAAAAUUGCUGUUAUAUAUCUCAAAUGGCAGGACGUAAGAAGGAAAAAUUGGGAGUAAGCUGUAGAAAAAAAUGGAAAAAAUUGCACUUCUCAAAAAGAAAUUUAAUCUCAGUGAAGGUUGAGAAAUUUCUGAAUGAAACUUUUGGAGAAACAUCUGUCUAGAAUGUCGUUUUCCAUCCAAAAUGAUCCUAAAGUUUCCUGCAAAGCAAACGAGAAAAAUCUAUGGGGCCAAAACGGUAUGUCAGAGAAACCUGACUGAGUCUUAUGUUUGCUCAAACGUCCUCUUCCAUGGGACUUGGUGGGUGUCACUCCCUCUCAGUGUAGUUUGUCACAUGCUGUCAGGACCAGCGUGUGUGCUCCAGGCAUGUCCCCAGGGUGUGCAGGGACCAUAUUUGCCAGGUCAUACCUGCUUCUUUAGGGCACAGCCAUGGCUGAUGGCGGCCGAAAAAAGCUUGUGUUCAUGACUGAAAUCAUAUCCUUUAGGAUACUAGGAGGGUAAUUACUGCAUUCCUCUCUAUCCAUGGGACCUCUGUAAGGUUUGGAUUGGGCAGCCCAGCCCUGUUUACCAAUUUUUUGAAUGUCCUGAGCUGCAGUGUUAGCACAGACUGGAGUAUUGGCCACUUUUAUUUGUCUGUGUCUUGCUGGGAAAUAACAACUUGGGGUUGUCAUUAGGGUUUUUUCCCCUGCAAGUUUUACCCCUGAGGAAAAUGUAGUGGAAACCCUUGAAGCUGUAGAUCAUUAUUUACCUGAGUAGUGAGGGAAAGAGGCAAUAGCAUCAGUGGAACAUAAACAGGUCCCACAUUGUAAUUAUGUAAGAAGAGGAAAGAGAGAGAGACAGAGAGCAAGAGACUGAGCCAGUGCCCUGUAUCGCUGCCAGCCUUUCCCCCAUGAUGGUUUAGCUGUAAUUUAGGAAUAAUGCAUGAGGUCUGGAGACUAGAUGCAGCUUCUGGCUUUGUGUGGCUGACAAUCUGAUAUAAACCAUGAACAGACCCUCUGUGUAGUUUAACCAGUACUCGAGAACCCUAGUGCUAAACCUGGAAGGAUCAGAGGUGAGACCGGAGUGACAGGGGACUACAGCAUGCUUCAGACACAGUUGCCAUCAGUAAGAGCAUGUGCAGGAAGUGUGCACUUUCUUCUGGGCUAAACUUUGGUUUCGUGGAUGUACAAAGAUGUCCUGAUGUCCUGUUCUCCUCCCUUUCCCUUCAAUCAGCUCCCACACACAUUCCAGGUCUAACAAACUGAACCAGAAUCCUCACAUUCUUUCUGAUGAUGUUGGACAGUGCAUUAAACCCAAACCACCACUGUGGUUUCAAAGGAUUAAAUGAGACAGACAAUUGCAAUACCUGUAUUGAACACAGUAAUACAACUGCAUGAGUCAUAUAUAUACAUAUAUAUAUAUACUGUUCUUGGUUUUAUUGUUCCAUUUGAAUAUUUCUACUGUAAAAAAAGGCAGUGGUUUUGAAAUUGUUGAAAAUAAAUGUAUUUUUGUACAUCAGAGUUA